GUCCACCGUUGCGUACUGCUGCAGCUAUAUGGACACAACAGCUGACGUCCCGCAAUUCUGGAAUUAAGAGCGCCUUGUACUGGCGCGAGACCGACCGGCCACGCGCAAGGCAGGUAUGAAGUGCCGCCCAGUAGACGCAUGCUGGUAGGCUACGAAUUUGUUAGCGAUGUCAAAGAGCCUGAAAAAGAAGAACCACUGGACCAGCAAAGUCCACGAAGCAGUCCUCAUCAGGAAUAAAGAGGGCGAGCUGGGGUUUGAUUUGAAAGGCGGCGCCGAAAACGGCAAUUUCCCGUAUUUUGGGGAGGUGAGACAAGGCAAGGUAGCCAUCCAAAGCGGCAAGCUGUCCCAGGACGAGCUUCUCCUGGAGGUCAACGACACACCAGUGGCAGGGCUUACCACGAGGGAUGUGCUGGCCGUUAUCAAGCACUGCAAAGAUCCAUUCCGGCUGAAGUGUGUAAAGCAAGGAGGUGUUGUGGAUAAGGAUCUUCGCCAUUACCUUAACCUACGAUUUCAGAAGGGAUCAGUGGACCACGAGCUCCAGCAGAUCAUAAGGGAUAAUCUCUACCUCCGUACCGUGCCCUGCACCACGCGGCAGCCUAAGGAAGGGGAGGUCCCAGGUGUGGACUACAACUUUGUGAGUGUUGACCGGUUUAUGGAAUUAGAGAAAAGUGGGGCCUUGCUAGAGAGUGGAACGUAUGAAGAUAACUUCUAUGGCACGCCCAAGCCCCCGGCGGAACCCACGCCCAUGCUGUUUAAUGUAACUGACCAGCUGCUACCAGGUGCCCGCCCCAGCGCCGAGGGGAAGAGGAAGAGGAAUAAGUCAGUUAGCAACAUGGAGAAGGAGAGCAUCGAGCCGCCCGAGGAAGAAGAGGAAGAGAGCCCCGUCGUUAACGGCAAUGGCAUCGCCAUCACUCCAGAGUCAAGUGAGCAUGAAGACAAAAGCACCGAUACCUCUGGUGAGGCAGCCCCCCAGUCAUGCCCACCUGAGACCCCCACGCUGACAGCCACAGACGCCCCUGAAGAGGAAGGGGAGGCACCCAAAUCGCCCCCGGACUCACAGAGCAACGAUGAUCUUGGGCCCCUGCCAGACAACUGGGAGAUGGCCUACACCGAGAAGGGCGAAGUCUACUUCAUAGAUCACAACACCAAAACAACCUCAUGGCUUGACCCUCGAUUAGCAAAGAAGGCCAAACCUCCGGAGGAAUGUGAGGAUGAUGAACUACCCUAUGGCUGGGAGAAAAUAGAUGACCCUAUAUAUGGCAGUUAUUAUGUUGACCACAUUAACAGACGAACGCAGUUUGAGAACCCAGUCCUCGAAGCUAAGAGGAGAAUCCAGCAGCAGCACAUGCAAAGCCAAGGCCUGUCGUCACUGCCGCUACCCACCAUCUACAGAGAGAAGCCUCCGUUUACGCGGGACGCCACCCAGCUGAAGGGCACGUUCCUGUCCACAGCACUGCAGAAGAGCACCAUGGGCUUCGGCUUCACCAUCAUUGGAGGAGAUGAGCCUGACGAGUUCCUGCAGGUCAAGAGCGUCAUACCAGAAGGGCCGGCUGCGCAGGACGGCAAGAUGGCCACCGGUGAUGUCAUUGUCUACAUCAAUGACAUCUGUGUCUUAGGCACGACACAUGCAGAUGUGGUCAAGCUCUUCCAGUCUGUCCCCAUUGGCCAGAGUGUGACCCUCGUGCUGUGCCGAGGCUACCCGCUCCCUUAUGACCCCGAGGAUCCAUCAGCCAGCACUACUGUGCCGCCCCUGGGCCUGGUGGAUACUUCUCUGUUGCUCAAUGGACGGAACACCUACGACAACUAUAUGGAGUACAUGUCUCUGACCGGCCGACUGGUCGCCGAGCAUGGCGAGGGUCUGGCCCAGACCUCCCACCCUGGGGACACCCACCUGGAUGGCUCUCAGCCACCCUCCCUCACCACAGGAGCUCCGCCUGAUGACAGCAUUUCCAUGGCAUCAUCGUCCGGGGCGACAGCAGGAGCACAAGUCCCUCCAGAGCUUCUGAGCCUCACCAUGACCAAAGGAGCAGAGGGCUUUGGCUUCACCAUUGCAGACAGUCCUACCGGCCAGCGAGUAAAACAGGUGCUGGAGCCCCAGGGCUGUCCUGGCCUGUGUGAAGGAGAUCUUAUAGUGGAGAUUAAUCAGCAGGGCCUGCAGAGUCUCAACCACUCCCAGGUGGUGCAGAUCCUGAAGGACUGCCCCGUGGGCACAGAUGCUACCCUCAUCAUCCAGAGAGGUGGAGGAACAGGGCACUUCUCCCCCUGGGAUGGCACCAAACAGUGGGACCCUCAAGGAAGCCCCCAGACGGCCCUGGUGGCCCCCAGCCUCUCCCAAGCCGCACCCCAUCCCAUUCAGGCACUGCACCCCGACGCCGACGGGGGCCACCUGGGCAAACCCGAUCCCUACGACCUCUAUGAGAAGUCCCGCGCCAUUUAUGAGAGCAGGCAGCCUGGUCCACCACGAAUGCUGACUGACUCUACAGGUGUGGAAUACCAGGAGGUGGAGGUGCACCUGGUGAGGGAGAAGACAGGCUUCGGCUUCCGGAUUUUGGGAGGAGAUGAGGCGGUACAGGCUAUUGUGAUUGGAGCGAUUAUUGCGAACAGUCCCGCAGAGCGGGAUGGUCGCCUGCGUCCAGGCGAUGAGCUGGUGUCUGUGGACAGGAUGCCUGUGGCGGGACGGCCACAUCGAUACGUCAUUGACCUCAUGCACGCCGCGGCACGCAACGGCCAGGUCACCCUGACCGUGAAACGAAGGAUGCUGCAUCAGGCUGCAUGUGGGGAGAAUGGUGCAGCGGCCAAUCAGAGUAUCCCGCGAGGCCGUUCGGUGUGUCCGGUCAACCUGGCCGCCCAACCACUGAUGUAGUCCAUCCACCGCAAAGAGACCGAAGGCUUUGGCUUCGUCAUCAUCAGCUCUCUAAACCGGCCUGAGAACACCACCACUAUCUCGGUGCCACACAAGAUUGGACGCAUCAUUGAGGGCAGUCCGGCAGACCGCUGUGGGAAGCUGAAAGUUGGUGACCGGAUCAUGGCCGUGAACAGUCAGUCUAUUAUCAACAUGCCUCAUGCCGACAUCGUAAAGCUGAUUAAAGAUGCAGGCCUUACUGUCACCCUGCACAUCAUUCCCGAGGAAGAUGUGAACGGCCCUCAUUCCGCCCCCACCUCAGAGAAGCAGAGCCCCCUGGUGGCUCAGAAGCACAGUCCCCAAGCCCAGUCCAGCCCUGCAACCCAGCACAGUCCCACUGUGGUCCACCCCAGCCCUCCUGCCACCACCCAGCCUAGCCACAGCUUGCAGAGCCAGGCCCCGGGUGCUCCAAGCAGCCCACCGGUGGUGACUCAGGCGAGCCAGCUUGCGAUUCAGCCCAGCUUGGAAGCGGUGCAGGCAGGCCCAGGGGUGAGUCAGGCAGCUUCCAUGGUGGAUCAGGGCGUUCCGGUUGUUGCAGUUGUCCCAGGUGUCCAGCUCACCUCUAUUGGUGGGGUACCAGUCCCAGUGCCACCUCAGCUCUACCUCCAUGAUAGCAGAUCGGAGGUGAAAGCCAGACAGGACGUUAAACCAGACAUCUGCCAGCCUCCAUACACGGACUACAGACAGCCUCCAGUAGACUACCGACAUCCGCCAGCAACAGACUACAGACAGCCUCCCACUAUGGACUACAGACAUCCGCCUCCUCUAAUUGACUACAGACAACAUUCUAUCCCAGACUACAGGCCACAGGACUAUGACUACUUCACAGUGGAGCUGGAGAAGAGUGUGAAGGGCUUUGGCUUCAGCAUCCGUGGAGGAAGGGAGUACAAGAUGGACCUGUUUGUGCUGCGCCUGGCCGAGGACGGCCCCGCUGUCCGGAACGGCCGCAUGAGGGUGGGUGAUCAGAUCAUUGAGAUAAAUGGGGAGAGCACAAGGGACAUGAGUCACGCCCGUGCCAUCGAGCUCAUCAAGGCUGGCGGACGACGGGUGCGUCUGCUGCUGAAACGGGGCACGGGACAAGUGCCCGAAUACGGAAUGGUACCUUCCAACCUUUCCAUGUGCAUGAAAAGCGACACUCUUGCCUCUCCCUAUUUCUUCAUAAUGGGACACUCUAAAGACACGACGGUGCCACCCCCUGGAGUUCUGACCCUACAGCCUCCCCUUCCUUGCCGAAAGUAGUGCUGCCCCACUAGCUGGACUUACACCCUUCA